AUGGGCAUCUACGGUCUCGACCCAUUGAUACGGCCAUUUCUCAUGUGGCGGCACUCCAGGCCGGCAGUCUGCCGGCUCAUCGUUCCCGCCGGACGCCGCAAUUCGUCGACUGAGAAUCACAAGGUCAUCUUUUCGGGCAUCCAGCCAACAGGAACGCCGCACUUGGGCAACUAUGCCGGUGCUAUCCGACAGUGGGUGCAUCUCCAAGGCAAGCCAGCCGAAAGUUGCAAGCUUAUUUACUCCGUCGUCGACUUGCACGCUAUUACCGUGCCACAAAAGGCAAAACAACUCAAGCAGUGGAAGAGGGAAACGUUGGCGGCUUUGUUGGCUGCAGGUAUCGAACCCGAACGCUCGGCCUUGUUCUAUCAAUCAUCUGUCCCGGCGCAUUCUGAACUUAUGUGGAUCUUGAGCUGUACGGCCUCGAUGGGCUACUUGUCAAGAAUGACACAGUGGAAGAGCAAACUAUCUCUCUCAACCGACGCCACUGUCUUCGAUGAAGGCGUGAAAGCCUCCCUGAAGCUCGGCCUAUUCUCAUAUCCUGUCUUGCAGGCUGCCGAUAUCCUCAUCCACCGGGCCACUCAUGUACCCGUCGGCGAUGAUCAGAAACAGCACUUGGAAUUCGCUCGCGAAUGUGUAACAAACUUCAAUCACAACUUCGGCCCUGUCCUGGUAUCUCCCGAGACCAUCAUGUCCCCGACACGUCGGGUUAUGUCACUGCAACAGCCAACCGAGAAGAUGUCAAAAUCAGCUAGGGAUCCGAGGUCGCGUAUCCUCAUCACCGACACGCCUGAAGAGAUCCACACCAAGAUUAUGAGUGCACUGACAGACUCGUCUAACAAUGUCUCUUAUGACCAGUCUAAUCGGCCGGGGGUAUCAAACUUGUUAGAAAUCCUCUCCAUUUUUGAUGCCCAGGCCAGGAACCCAGCUCAACUCGCUGAAUCUUUUUCUCAUGCGUCUCUCAAAGAUCUCAAACAGGCCGUCUCAAAAGCUGUCAUCGAAGGACUCGGCGGAAUCCGUGAGCGCUACAUAGAACUUCUGUCUGUUGAUGAGGGGAGAUACCUCGAUGCUGUUGAAGCACAGGGGGCUUGCAAGGCCCGCGUCAAUGCCAACGAAACCAUGGCCUUGGUAAGAGAAGCCACUGGAUUAUGA